UCUGCACAUUGUUGGUUGUUAAGUUGCCCCAGGGGGUGAUUUAAACCCAGACUCAAACUCUAGCAUUGUUAGAGAUCAGUGUCAAAAUAUUACAAAGAUGUAAAACAACCCUGUUAGGAAAAAGCAGGCUGUUUAAUAUUACAUUUAAGCAUUUGGCAGGCAAUCUUUUAUUUCUUCAUUUUAUCAGUGUUCCCUAUCUAUCACUCAAAAUUACAAAUGUCACUGUUUUUAUUUAAAAUAAAUGUAAGGGUUUAAAUCAACAUAUAAGCAUAUAAAUGUUUCGUUUUGUAGACUUGCAUAGUGUUGAAAGACAAUACAGUCCAAUAAAGCCUGGUGGUCUGUGAGCAUUAUCCGCCACUUGAGACAAUAGCGAUACAUGAUGAUACGCCCAUCGCCUGUCAUUCCUUUCAUUUGGAGCGCGGAACAAAACCCGGGAAACUGGCAUUGUUCGCUAAGCCUCAGCAGCGCAAUUCUCCCUCAUGCGCAUACGUUAUUGUUUGGAAAUAUAAGGCGACUCCUACAUUUUACGCACAACAGAGUAACAGGUUACUUUAAAUUACGCUCAAGCGCAUCAAUACAACCACACUGUGGGAGCGAAACAGAUUGUAUCCGAUAAAGUUAAGCAUGUUGACUUGAUCCACCGUGCGUAAAAGUAGCCCCGUAGUUCCCAGGUGCGCCACGGUAACAUUCAGUGUCACAGACCGCCCCAGCUGUCUCCAACCACGUGGAUCGCUCACAACAACAACAACAACAACAUGUUAAGUCCUGUCCUCUCAGAUGCAACCAUCCCACCCCCACUUAUAAAACUCCGAGCGCCGUCCUCGCCGCGUCUCUCCCUGGCCCCGCACCGCGCUGCUGUGCAGCACCUCUCCAUCGCGUCGCAUCAUUAGACUACCGAAGGAGGGGCCGUUCGGAUGACGGUCCCGCGGAGGGGAGGGUACGAGAGGCGGGACCAAAGUCUUCCCCGCUUCUCGGCGCUGGCGAGUCCGGGACUAGGGCUGGAGAGAUCGCCGGGGAGCAUCGUCACCACUCCUGCACGGAGCCUCGCCUGGCCGAAUACUGCACAGUGCACACGUCGGGAUUGCAAAACAUUCCUGAGAAAUAUACCUGCUAUUUAUGGCAUGUGGCUGGUAACUUUACUCCUGCUGUAUUCUUUUCAAAAAGUGCACAGCGAGGAUGUGGUCUCGACGCGGCUGUACUUUGUGAAUGCUUCCCUGCAGAGAGUGACCUUCUCCAGCUCAGUGGGGGUGUCCCUGCCCUGUCCUGCGGGUGGCGCCCCCCAUGCCGUCCUCCGUUGGUACCUGGCCACCGGCGACGACAUCUACGACGUGCCACACAUCCGCCACGUUCACGCCAACGGCACGCUGCAGCUCUAUCCCUUCUCCCCCUCUGCCUUCAACAGCUUCAUUCAUGAUAACGACUACUUCUGCACUGCUGAGAACCAGGCCGGCAAGAUCCGCAGCCCCAGCAUCCAUGUCAAAGCAGUGUUCAGGGAGCCCUACACGGUUCGCGUGGCGGACCAGAGGUCUAUGCGGGGCAACGUGGCCGUCUUCAAGUGCCUCAUCCCCUCUGCUGUGCAGGAGUACGUCAGUGUGGUGUCCUGGGAGAAGGACACCGUCUCCAUCGUCCCAGGUAACAGGUUCUUCCUGACGUCAUAUGGUGCCCUCUACAUAUCUGACGUUCAGAAAGAGGACGCUCUCUCCACCUACCGCUGCAUCACUAAGCACAAAUACAGCGGAGAAACCAGGCAGAGCAAUGGAGCUCGUCUGUCUGUGCUAGACCCCAAUGAAUCUACGCCCUCUGUGAUGGACAGUUUCCAGUCAGGGGAGGUGCAGGUGGGCCGUAGCAUCGAGCUGCCCUGUAUCGCCUCUGGUUACCCAAACCCCACCAUCCGCUGGUUAAAAGACGGGAGGCCGCUACCCGCUGACUCCCGCUGGACGCGGCGCCUGACCGGGCUUACAAUCAGUGACCUCCGCCUGGAAGACUCGGGAAAUUACAUCUGUGAAGUCACCAACAGCUUUGGCUCCAAAGAGGUCACAGGACACCUUAACGUUAUAGAACCUCUAAGAGUCACGCUAUCUCCCAAGAACCUGAAGACGGGCAUCAGCAGCACAGUGAUUCUGUCCUGUGCCGUGCAGGGCUCGCCCCACUUCACUGUCUCCUGGUUUCGCAACACAGAACCCAUCGUGCCUGACCAGCACUUCUCCAUCCAGGGAAUCCACAAUGAGACACUCUUUAUCACAGCAGCCCAGAAAAGACACUCAGGGGCGUAUCAGUGUUUCGCCACCCGUAAGGGUCAGACCGCCCAAGACUUCUCCAUCAUAUUGUUGGAGGACGGCACCCCACGGAUCGUCUCUUCCUUCAGCGAGCGCGUGGUUGCUCCCGGCGAGCCUUUCUCUCUAAUGUGCGCGGCCAAAGGUGCUCCACCCCCCACCAUUACCUGGACGUUGGAUGACGAGCCGGUAGCGCGGGACUCGGCGCACCGGGCCAGCCAGUACACGCUCUCCGACGGCUCCACUGUCUCGCACGUCAACGUCACCAACCCUCAGAUCCGCGACGGGGGCGUGUACCGCUGCGCCGCACGCAACUCGGCCGGUAGCGCCGAGUACCAAGCGCGCAUAAACGUAAGAGGUUCUCCCAGUAUCCGUGCCAUGCGGAACAUCACAGCCGUGGCCGGUCGCAACACCUUCAUAAACUGCCGUGUGAUCGGCUACCCGUAUUACUCUAUCAAGUGGUAUAAAGACAGUAUGCUGUUGCCAGACAACCAUCGUCAGGUGGUGUACGAAAACGGCACUCUAAAACUGAGCGAUGUGCAGAAGGGCAUGGACGAAGGAGCGUAUCUGUGCAGCGUGCUCAUCCAACCCCAGCUCUCCAUCAGCCAGACCGUCCACGUCACUGUGAAAGUUCCACCGCUCAUCCAACCCUUCGACUUCCCUCCCACCUCCAUCGGCAAGCUGAUGUAUAUAGCGUGUGUGGUGUCGUCCGGAGACAUGCCGAUCCGGAUCACCUGGAGAAAGGACGGGCAGGAGAUUGUGUCAGGAACGUCCGGGGUCACCAUCGAGACCAAGGAAUUUAUGAGCUCCCUCCAGAUCUCCAAAGUCUCACUGAAGCACAAUGGAAACUACACCUGCAUUGCCAGCAAUGACGCGGCCACUGUCAGUUCAGAAAGACAGCUUAUAGUAACAGUUCCUCCCCGUUUCCGGGUUCAACCCAACAACCAGGAUGGGAUCUAUGGCAAAUCGGAGGUCUUGAACUGCUCUGUGGAAGGAUACCCUCCACCCAAAGUUGUUUGGAAACAUGCCAAAGGUAUCGGAAACCCUCAGCAGUACCACCCGGUUCCACUUACGGGUCGCAUUCAGAUCUUGUCCAACGGUUCUCUGCUGAUCCGUCACGUACUGGAAGAGGAUCGAGGGUAUUACCUGUGCCAGGCCAGCAAUGGAGUGGGCUCUGACAUCAGCAAAAGCAUGAUGCUUACCGUAAAAAUUCCAGCCAUGAUCACGUCCCACCCGAACACCACCAUGGCCAUAAAGGGUCAGAACAAGGAGUUAAAUUGCACCGCCCGGGGCGAGUAUCCCAUCAUCAUCCGCUGGGAACGGGGAGACACCGUCAUCGACCCUGACCGCAACCCUCGCUACUCCAUCACCACCAGCCCCAACGAGAAGAGCGAUGAAGUCAUCUCCACGCUGAAGCUGAAGCCGGCUGAGCGUGGGGACUCCGUGUUUUUCUCCUGCCACGCCAUCAACUCAUACGGCGAGGGCCGUGGGCUUAUCCAGUUGACGGUGCAAGAACCCCCUGAUCCCCCGGAGCUGGAGGUCCGAGAGGUUAAAGAUCGCAGCAUGAACCUGAGGUGGACGCAGAGGUUCGACGGCAACAGCAUCAUAACCAGCUACGACAUCGAGUACAAGAACAAAUCUGACCCGUGGGAGCUGAAACACGCCACUCGUAAGAUCUCGCCCACCAACAACCAGGCCAACAUUGUGGAGCUUCACCCGGCGUCUGUGUACAGCAUCCGCAUGUACUCCUACAACAAAAUCGGUCGCAGUCAAGCCAGCAAAGAGCUGACCAUCAGUACAGAAGAAGCCCCUCCUGAUGGACCACCCAUGGAAGUGAUUCUACAGCCAAUGACAUCUCAGAGCAUCCGCGUCACAUGGAAGGCACCUAAGAAAGAGCUUCAGAACGGAGUGAUCCGUGGCUAUCAGAUCGGUUAUAGAGAGAACGGGCCGGGCAGCAAUGGACAGUACAGCAUAGUAGAGAUGAAAGCCACAGGAGACAGUGAAGUUUACACCCUGGAUAACUUAAAAAAGUUUGCUCAAUAUGGUGUGGUCGUCCAGGCAUUCAACCGGGCCGGAACUGGGCCUUCUAGUUCUGAGAUCAAUGCCACUACACUUGAAGAUGUUCCCAGCCAGCCACCCCAAAAUGUGCGGGCCAUCACGGUGACGUCGGACGAGGCGGUGAUCACGUGGUCCGAGCCUCCGCGCAUGACCCUGAACGGGGUUCUAAAGGGCUACCGUGUGGUGUUCUGGUCCCUCUACCCCGAUGGAGGUGGGUGCUGUGGGGGCCAGACACUGGGGCUCAACCAGAAAUGGGGCGAGAUGCAAAACAUCACCACCACUCGUGAGCAGGUGGAGCUGAAGGGUUUGGAGAAGUUCACCAACUACAGUGUUCAGGUUCUGGCCUACACCCAGGCAGGAGAUGGAGUCCGGAGUAACGUCCUGUAUAUACAGACACGAGAAGACCACCCCGGUCCUCCAGCGGGCAUCAAAGCGGUGCCAUCCUCUGCCAGCAGUGUGGUGGUAUCUUGGCUUCCCCCCAUCAAGCCCAAUGGUAUCAUCCGCAAAUACACAAUCUACUGUUCCAGCCCUGGAUCAGGCCAACCGGCACCAAGCGAAUAUGAAGCCAACCCUGAGCUGUUGAUAUACCGAAUCACCCACCUGACCCGGGGUCAGCAGUACCUGAUCUGGGCGGCUGCUGUCACCACUGCCGGACGGGGAAACAUCAGCGAGAAGGUCACAGUGGAGCCUGCUGGCAAAGCUCCCGCUAAAAUCCUAUCAUUUGGUGGAACGGUGACCACUCCAUGGAUGAAGGAAGUCCGGCUGCCGUGCAGCUCGGUGGGAGAACCGACACCCACAAUCAAAUGGACCAAAGACAGUGAGGACACUGCCAUCCCGGUCACUCAGGAUGGUCACCGUAAUAUACUUUCCAACGGUACCCUGGUGCUACGCUCUGUGAAAGCCGAGGAUUCUGGGUAUUACACCUGCACGGCCACAAACACGCUGGGGUUUGAUACAAUCAUCGUAAACCUGCUGGUGCAAGUGCCUCCAGAUCAACCUCGUCUGACAGUGUCCACAACCUCAACGUCUUCAAUUACUCUGGCCUGGAUACCAGGAGACAACGGAGGAAGCUCUAUCAGAGGUUUCGUGCUGCAGUAUUCAGUGGAUAACACUGAGGAAUGGAAAGAUGUUUUUAUUAGCUCCAGCGAAAGAUCCUUUAAGUUGGACAACCUGCGCUGUGGUACAUGGUACAAAGUCAAACUGGCAGCCAAAAACAGCGUGGGAGCCGGCCGCAUCAGCGAGAUCAUUGAAGCAAAGACUCAUGGCCGAGAGCCGCAGUUUAAUAAGGACCAGCCUCUCUUUACUCACAUCAACUCCACACACGCCCGCCUCAACCUGCAGGGCUGGACGAGCGGCGGAUGUCCCAUCACCGCCGUCCUGCUCGACUUUCGGCCCAAAGGCACCUGGGCCUGGCAGAGCGUGCGCACCAACGCUUCAACCGACAUCUUUCUCGCCGAGCUGCGGGAAGCCACCUGGUACGAGCUGAAGAUGAAGGCGUGCAACAGCGCCGGCUGCGGCAACCAGAGCUCCCAGUUUGCCACGCUGGAUUACGAUGGCAGCACUAUACCUCCCAUUAAGUCGGCAAGAGGCGAAGGAGACGAUGUUAAAAAGCUUUUCUCUAUCGGCUGCCCUGUCAUACUGGUCACUCUAGGCAUGGCUUUACUUUUCAUUAUCCGCAAGAAACGCAAAGAAAAGAGACUCAAGAGAUUAAGAGAUGCCAAGAGUUUGGCCGAGAUGCUUAUCAGCAGUAAGAACAAUCGAAGUUUUGACACUCCAGUAAAAGGCCCACCUCAGGGACCCCGCCUGCACAUAGAUAUCCCUCGUGUACAACUGCUCAUCGAGGAUAAAGAGGGAAUCAAACAGAUAGGUGAAGACAAAGCCACCAUUCCUGUGACAGACACCGAGUUCAGCCAAUCAGUGAACCCGCAGAGUUUCUGCACGGGCGUGUCUGUACAUCACCCCGCCCUCAUACAGAACACAGGUCCUUUGAUUGACAUGUCGGACAUCAGACCAGGAACCAAUCCAGUGUCAAGAAAGAGCGUCAAGUCUGCACACAGCACAAGGAACCGAUAUUCCAGCCAAUGGACUCUUACCAAAUGCCAAGCGUCCACACCCGCUCGAACCCUCACCUCGGACUGGCGAACAGUGGGCUCCCAGCAUGGCAUAACGGUUACUGAGAGUGACAGCUACAGCGCCAGCCUUUCACAGGACACAGAUAAGGGGCGUAACAGCAUGGUGUCCACUGAGAGCGCAUCCUCUACGUACGAGGAGCUGGCCCGCGCGUACGAACACGCCAAGCUGGAGGAACACCUGCAGCACGCUAAGUUUGAAAUCACCGAGUGCUUCAUUUCUGACAGCUCCUCUGAUCAGAUGACCACCGGCACCAAUGACAACGCGGACAGCAUGACCUCCAUGAGCACGCCGUCCGAACCGGGCAUCUGCCGCUUUACUGCCUCCCCGCCUAAACCGCAGGACUACGACCGAGGCAAGAACGUGGCAGUGCCCAUUCCACACCGGGCCAACAAAAGUGAGUACUGUAACCUCCCCCUCUACAUGAAGACGGACCCUUUCUUUCGGAAGCAGGCCGAGCUGCAUGACCCCUGCCCUGUUGUUCCACCCCGUGAGGCUUCCAUCCGAAGCCUCGCCGCCCGCGCCUACCACACGCAGGGCCGCCACAUGACAUUAGACCCCUCCAAGCAGCAGGCCCUGACGCUGGGCCACGGCGGCUUGAGCAGCCUGACCAGUUCAGGGGCCUCCGGUACGUCAGGCCCACCCUCAAUCGGGGCCGCUGGAAGCUCCAGCAUCAGCUCAGGCACGGCCACCUUGCCCCAGAGGACUCUAACCAUGCCCAGCACCUCCUCCACCUCCUCGGUCCCGAGCGGGGCCGCGGCUGCCGGAGCGGUGGCUAGCGGGAGCUCGGCGGGUGGCGGCGGCCCGACGCCUGGCAGUUCCAAGGUCGGGGGAUCCAGGGACUCUCUGCUAGAGAGCAGUUCGUCCGGCCUGGGCAGACUGCAAAAGCAGAAUGCUGGGGCGUACUCCAAAUCCUACACGCUGGUGUAGUUCACACACACGUAUACGCAAACAGUGCGUUCUCACGAACGCCUGGAGUCUGUCCGUCGCCGGGCACGGGCGUAACCGAACAUUGCCGGGACUUUUACAGCACAGGGGUCUUUCUCUCUUCCCGUUCUCUUCCUGUCUGACAUCUUUUCUUUGAGGCUUUGUUCACACUGCGUACAAAUCUGAUUUGGCUUACGAAAUCGCCAUUCUGAUAUGUUUGUUCAGAGUGUGCCGUCAACAUCCUUUCUCAAACAACAAUGAAAAGUAGCUUUUAAUGUAUAAAAGAGGUUGUGUCUAUCUUAAACUCACCAGUUGCAUGAGAGAACACCCACAAACUCGAAUCGGUUUGCAAGCAUCAAUUAUUUUGCAGUACAAUAAGUUGGAUACAUCAAACAAAUCAGAUUUUUGCUGCCUGUCUGAACAAAGCCAAAUCGCUUUACUUUUUUAAACUUUCUCCUUCGCUCACCUUCCCGCCUUCUACCUGGAUUAAAUAUGCCAACCGCCCAGGAACCCUUUCCUUUAUUUUGCCUUCUCGUUUCACUUUUUAUAUUUCGUUCUCUUCUUACCCCCUCCCUCUCUCGUUCUACUUCUCUUUCUGUCAACGACACCUUGGACCUUAUGCACGAAAUGCUUUCCAUGUGCACUCGUUCAUCUGAUUUCUUGAAAGGACAGGACAAAAGCAACGGUUAGAGAUAUAUCGUUUCACAUUAACCUGUCUAGAUGUUUUAAUGCUGUCAAAAGUGUCUCUUUAUUUUAUUUACGUCUCUCACACCGCAACGCAUCGCCUCGGAAAGCUUAUGCAUAAAAGAAUCCACCACGGUGUCCGUCUUUCGCCCCUUCCGAUCGGUUUGGAAAAGACAAGCUCGAAGACUACCUGUGUCGAGCCUUUGGGAUUUUUUCAUGCAAUUGAUUACACAGUAUAGAGUGUUAUUGACUAUUUUGUAAACAAACAGGAAAACGUGUGAAAAAAAUGUCUGGAGCCAUUUUCACAGGAUGUAUGGUUACUGUACUUUUUUUGGGUUUGCUUUUCUAUUUUUAAAAUGUUGAACUUUAGCACUACUGAGGGCCAGGUGGAUCCACUGAGCUUGUGUGAUUGUGUGGUGUGUGUGUGUGCACGUGUAUGUAUAUGUGUAGAUAUAUAUGUAUACGUGUGGAUAGCACACCUCGAAAUCAGGCCUGUGCGCUCGGGCUCUCCGCAACGUGUAUCUCUAUGGAGAACACAAGGAAAGUAAUGCCCAUCGCGUUACACAGUCCAGCUAAGAGAAGGGGGUGCAAGACGAAUCUCCUUCCUUAAACUUCCUUAAAUAUGAAAGGCUUGUUUUGCUGUCUGCUCGUUCGUUUGGCUGUUUGUGUUUGAUGCCAUAUAUUUAUCACCCCUCCUCACCCCAAACCCAGACCUCCCCGAAACGUCACCAGUUCUUCUGUCUCACUGUGAACGCCUAACAGCCUCUCCUGGAUGGGCCGAGCGCAGGCAGAAAGGUGGGACAUGUAAGUGAGAUAGGGAGGAAGUAGAGGCAGAUAGAAACAAGGACCCAAGAGAGAGAAAGAAAGAGAGAGAGAGCGAUAUCUGCCGUCGCUGUGUAGCUUUUCCUGCGUUUGCUAAUCGUUUCUCUUUAUUCUUUGCUUUUCUUCCCCACACAAUGACUCUAGCGGUCGUUCCCAUUUAAAAGUCGUAAAGACUGUAGCUUUAGGUAGCGCAGGGGUGAACGAAAAAGGAACCGAGUGAAUGAGGCGGGGAGAGAAUUAGACACUUAGACGAAUCGAACGACCCUCCUUCGUUCGCUCGGUUCCCAAAGCAAAGCCCCAAGACAGAGAAACUUCCAAAAAUCAACAAACUCUCCCAAUGAUUUCAAUGGAAAAAGUACUACAUCAGGGCUCCUGCAAUACAAAAGAAAAGAAAAAAGAAAAUAUAUUGCAAUGUUUGUUGUCAAAAUAUAUACAUAUAUAUUUCUAUCUAAAGAUAUAGUAAAUAUAUACGUGGUGAGAGCAGAGAUUUAAUGCCAUAUCGGAUUGAAAAAGAAAAAUUUUAUUUUAAAAAAAGAUUUGAAGACAAUCGCUCGGUGGGAGGUGCAGCAGUAAGCAAGAGGAGUCGAUCACGAACGGGUAACAAAACUUAAAAAGUUAAAAAUAAUGGUUGGUUUGUUUGACAGGCCGUCAUUGCUCCUGGGAAAACAUAUUAAGCCGGGUCUAGACUACACAAUAACACACGAUUUGGCACAAUCUGUGGUAAUUCGGAAACACCAGUGUUGGUCAGAACGGAGCAAUACAAUAACACAUAAGUGACGACUACCGACGCUGCGUCUGUGACGCUACACGACAUCCAAACAGAAAGACUAGCAUGUCAAAUUUUUCGUUGGUCCUCCUUGACGGAAAUUCGUCUAUACGCAGUUUUCAAACAUGGCGAAACAAAAGAGAGAUGAUGGUAAUGGUGCUGCUACAUUAUGCACGGCAUCUACGGUGACAAUACUUCCGUCUUUAUGAUAUUUGUUUACGCUCUUGUUUCCGGAGCUCCGCCUUCUCAAUGACAUCACACAUGUGGUUGAAGGUAGCUAACGGUAGUGACGGUCGCUUUUGAAGCCCUGCUUCAAACUUUUACGAAUCUUUUGUUUCGAAUCAUGCGUGUUUCAAAGCCAAGUCACGUGAUUUUAGCAAACGAGGCUUCAUUACAACUGUUUCGAAACGUUUCGAAAAUCUGAUGACCACUAGGGGGAGUUGUAAAAAAGUGUCGCCAGUUGUGUGUGUGUUUCGAACGCUUCGAAAAUCUGAAUAAAAUUUUGAAGCAAUUGGUUCAAUUGAUUCACAACUUUAAAAAAGCUUUGUUUCUCCCAUCACUGGUGUUACGUCAGGAAGACAUGUGUCUUUACCAGAAUUUCGAAGUGAAGACAAAACAGACAAAAAUAUUCUGUAGUUUGAACCCAGCAUUACGAGUUUCACCAACAGUGGCGCUGUCGUCCCAAACCAACUUCCUGUCACGGUUGCGAUCAGCCGAGCUGUAUAGCCCAACAUUCCUGUGUGGGGUCAUUCGCUCCGCAGGUGAGAUAUUUAUGGACGUUCACUCUCAACAGUUGCUUAGAAACAAUGGAAAUUUCCCAACGCAACUCCAGCUGAUAAGGAACUGCGGCACUUAGUGUCGUUUAGAUGCCCAUCUCUUGAGUAGUUAAAAUACCCAUAGUGCUUUGUGAGCUUCUGGUCAGACCCUUAAGAUGUGAGAUCGCUCAUGAAAUUGAGCAUCCGGGCUUUCGGCACGAAUGAUAGGUCAGAUAUAUAUAUCAGGGGAAUGACUGAUGCAUACUACAUAUUUAUCGUUGACUUGGUACACACAACCCCUGCAGACUUCGGCACAUAACACAUUUAUUGUUUGUUUUCCAAACAUCCACCUGAACAUAUCCAGCCUGAUCUCACGUGAAUUCCUAAGUAUUUUACAUGGUGGCAAAUUCCUAGGAAUUGAAUCGUAUAAAUGCGUACAAUUGUUAGGUAAACAUUAAUUAAACCCCACCCUUAAAGCAACACUAAAGAGUUUUUGCUCUUUGCUCCCCCUACAGGUUAGAAGCGUAAUUGUUCAUUAGCACUGUCGUAAAUACUGGAGCAUAGCUGGCUCUGAUUGGAUUGUAGGUCUGCCGUAAAGCAAGUUUUUGUAGUUUUCACUCGAACUACAGGACCACUACCCGACGGUUGGAAACUUCUUUAGUGCGGUUUUGGCCAAUAGAGGGCUGCAAAGCGAGUGUGAAAGUGCCAUUCACCCUGUUUAGAGUGGAUGAACCACUGAAACUUUUUUGGAAACGUUAUUUUAAAGGUAUAGCGGAAGAUUUUCUCGAAUUUUAGAAAAGAACCGCCUUCUCCACUUUAAAAAAAAAUGCAAUUGCGCAACACUCUUGAUUGACAACUAGGAGGACCAAUAGUCUCGAUGAUCCACCCGGAAAUAGAAAAUCCUCCGCAAUACCUUUAAGGUAAAAAGAACUCUUUGGUUUUGCUUUAAAGCAGAUCGCACAAAUGAGACUGUACAAAUAUGUGAAAUUUUGCCAUCUUGUAAAAUAGUUAGAAACUCUCAUUAGUUUGUGUUGGCAUAUCUAACGUUGGAAAGAAGACAUAAUAAAUCCUUUAGGAGCCAUGUCGUGUCAGGUUUAAAAAUCGAGUCGAUUGAACGAUAAAAUAUCUUGACUUGGUUUGUGGUAUCUGAAAAACUCAAAAGUUUGACUUACCAGACGUUUUUGUUGGUGGCUUGGCAUUAGGAUUGUGUUACAGUGUACCGUUUGUGUAAGAUAAAUUUGCUAACCCAGAUCUUGAGGCGGAGUUGCGAAGAAUGUGAACUUGUGUUUUAAAAACAGUGAAAGAAGUAUGUGUUCCUCUUAUUGCUGCUCAAAAGCCCACUGACUGGGUGAAAGUUUGAGGUCAGACUUGCCCAGUGCAUUUUGCCAUGAACAUCAUUAGAAUUAGACCAAUAUCUUAUCAGUAUUCACUCCUGUUCAGGUACAACAUUUUGUGAAAUAAUUACACCACCGCCAGAAAUUCCCAGAAAUAUUCCUCAUGUUAUUCAUAUUUAAAAAGACAGUUGAUGACUUAAAAAUAAAUUUAUUAUUAUUUUUGUUGCAUUAUUUAUAUAAAUAUAUAUAAAAAAUGUAUGUAUCCAACUUAGUUUGUUAUGUUUUAUGUUGAAAAAAGUUGCAGUUGUGUUGCGCAACGGGGCUGGCCUGUUUAACCAUUCGAAUCAGGGACCCCCAAGCACCAACCAAUCACAGGAGAAGCUGUGUGGAUAUUGGGCGGAGUCGGGAAUCGAAUUCCAUCCCCACAUGCCUGUUUCCCGCCCAUAUUAUCCAGUUAGCCCCUUUUCCAAUAAAAAAUCCUGCUAUACCCAAGACCUUCCUGUCAGCAUAAUUUCUAAUCUACAAAUAAAGACUCUUGUAUAUAUGAAACUGUUUUGUAUAAAUAAUUACUAUUUUCGACAUCUCCAUUAGCAACCAGGGCACAAUUAUAGGUCUGGUUAAAGGUAUAAAUGUAAGGGGAAUAAAAAGAAGAAAAAAAAUACGUUACACCUUGAUUUUUGAAUGGGGCACAUGAACACAGACCUGAAGCUGUCUCGUGUUGUUAGAUUUGAUUUUUUUCCCUUUUUAUAAUUUGUCCUGUUUUUAUUCAUUUAUGUUGUUGGUUUUUUGGUUUGUUUUUACUUUUUGUUUCCUUUCUACCUUUUGGUUAACUUGAAGAAAAAUGGCAUUGCAUGCUCUGAAUAUUUUGCUGGUUAUUAAAAGAAAACGAAAAAGGAGACAAAUGACUAAAGGGGAAAAAAAGUUUAAAAAUUGUGGAGGGGAUUCCUAAACUUUUAUGGAAAAGUUGCUUCAAUUUGCAAUUGCUUGUGUUUAAAUAUACAGUUUUUUUCUAUGAAAACUACGAAAAACAGAAAAAGAGUACUCCAACACCUUGUGCAAUAAAGCUAUCUUUCUAUGAA